ACCAUUUUAUUUCUAAAAUUAAAAUAUUUUAUUCGUUCAAUCUUCACCGGUGAUUCAACGGCUUUAUAAACGAAACAGUCAUCGAACGGACCGUUCGUUUACUCAUUUGCGAGAGAGAAGAGAGAGAUGGGAGGAAAUGGGGAAGGAGAGGAAGGUGUGAUGGCAAGCGAUUUCUUCUGGUCAUACACGGACGAACCACAUGCUUCAAGGAGGAGGAAGAUUCUCUCUCAAUACCCUCAAAUCAAAGAGCUCUUUGGUCCUGACCCAUGGGCUUUUCUCAAGAUUACUGUAGUAGUCUUGCUUCAGCUAUGGACUGCGACUUGUCUCUAUGAUGCUGGCUGGCUGAAGAUCCUAAUGGUCGCCUACUUCUUCGGCUCUUUCCUCAACCACAACCUCUUUCUAGCCAUCCAUGAGCUCAGCCACAACCUUGCCUUCUCGACCCCCGUCUAUAACCGCUGGUUAGGAAUCUUCGCCAACCUCCCCGUCGGCGUCCCCAUGUCCGUCACCUUCCAAAAAUACCACUUGGAGCACCACCGCUUCCAAGGCGUCGAUGGCAUUGACAUGGACAUCCCGAGCCAUGCCGAGGCCAACGUGGUCACCAACACAAUUGCAAAAUCCAUAUGGGUCAUCUUCCAACUCUUCUUUUACGCUCUCCGUCCUCUUUUCCUCAACCCCAAGCCUCCUGGCUUAUGGGAAUUCACCAAUCUAGUUAUUCAGCUCUCUCUUGAUGCGGCCAUGGUCUACUUCUGGGGUUGGAAGUCCUUUGCUUACCUGAUCCUUUCAACGUUUGUUGGGGGUGGGAUGCAUCCAAUGGCAGGCCACUUCAUCUCUGAGCAUUACAUCUUCCAUCCCGAUCAGGAGACGUAUUCAUACUAUGGGCCGCUUAAUCUUAUGACGUGGAGUGUGGGUUACCACAACGAGCACCACGACUUUCCGAGGAUCCCGGGCAGCAAGCUCUACAAGGUGAAGGAGAUUGCUCCCGAGUACUAUAAGGAUUUCAAGUCGUAUCAGGCAUGGAGUCAGGUGAUCUACAUGUAUAUCAUGGACCGCACUGUGGGGCCCUUCAGCCGAAUGAAGAGGAAGGCCUCUAAGAGUGGCGCCACGAAGAAGGAUGAAUAGAUGGUGCUUUCAUCCUAUGUUGGUCUUUGUUUUUUUUCUUCAUUUAGGCCUAAUACAAUUCCCUUAUUUUUGGGUCUCCAUUGUUGUAAUAUUCUUUAUGGUUUAGGGUUCUUUUUGAGCCCUAUGAUAUGAAGGCUGAGGAUAUGUUUUUGAAUUUUUUAUAUAUUGAUUUUUGGCUCUUUCUUCUGAUGCAAUUAUUUUGAAA